CCAGAGGGAGCCAUGGCUGCAGAGAACCCCGUGGAAAGUCUCCAGGAGGAAGCGACAUGUCCUGUCUGUCUGGAGUAUUUCACAGAACCUGUCACUGUGGAGUGUGGGCACAAUUUCUGCUGAGCCUGCAUCAGCCAGUGCUGGGAGGGAUCCGAUACAGACAUCUCCUGCCCUCAGUGCAGAGAAACUGUACAGCAGAGAAACCUCAGGCCCAACAGGCAGCUGGCAAACAUGGUAGAAAUCACCAAGCAACUGAGUUUACAGGCAGCAAAGGGAACAGGAGGGGACAGGGUGUGUGAGGAACACCAGGAGGCUCUGAAACUGUUCUGUGAAGAGGAUCAAACCUCCAUCUGUCUGAUCUGCAGAGAGUCCCAGGCUCAUCGCGCUCACACGGUGGUUCCCAUACAGGAAGCUGCCCAGGAGUACAAGGAAAAAAUCCAGGCCCAAUGGAAGACUCUGAUGGAGGAGAUAGAAAAGGUGCCGGGAUUUGCAGAGACUAUAGAGGGGAAACGCCAGGAGUAUCUGAAACAAACACAAACCGAGAGGCAGAAGAUUGUGUCCGAAUUUCAGGAACUGCGGCAGUUCCUGGCGGAACAAGAGCAACUCCUGCUGGCCCAGCUGGAGAAGCUGGACAAGGACAUUGUGAGGAUCCAUGAUGAAAAUAUCAAUAAACUCUCCAAGCAGAUUUCCCAUUUUUGUUUGCAGAUCAUUGUGACAAAGGAGAAGUGUCAGAAGCCAGCAAAUGAAUUCCUGCAGGACAUCAGAAGCACCUUGAGCAUGUGUGAGAAAUGGAAGUUCCAGGAGCCAGAGGUGAUUUCUCCUGAACUGGAAGAGCGAGUCAGUGGUUUCUCCCAGAAAACUAUUGCGCUGCUGGAGGCUCUGAGGAAGUUCAAAGACACUCUGCCCUCUGAACUGGAGAGAAAAAGAGGGCAACCAGUAGGAGCACACAGACAAGUGAAUGUGACUCUGGAUGCAGACACGGCUCAUCCCCAACUCGUCCUGUCUGAGGAUCGGAAAAGUGUGAGAUGGGGAGACACACAGCAGCGACUGCCUGACAACCCUGAGAGAUUUGACUAUGAUCCCUGUGUGCUAGGCUGUGAGGGAUUCACCUUGGGGAGACAUUGCUGGGAGGUGGAGGUGGGAGAUGGGGGCUGCUGGGCUUUGGGGGUGGCCAGAGAGUCUGUGGGGAGGAAGGGACAGAUCAGCUGUAGCCCUGAGAGGGGGAUCUGGGCUGUGGAGUGGCUGGGUCAGUUCCAGGCUCUCACCUCCCCUGUGACUCCCCUGUGCCUGAACCAGGCCCCCAGCAGGAUCCGGGUUUGUCUGGACUGUGACCAGGGGCAGGUGACAUUUAUCGAUGCUGGUGACGAGGCCCCGAUCUUCACUUUCCCACUGGGCUCCGUCCCUGGGGAGAGAAUCCGACCUUGGCUCUGGGUGGGGGGAUCCCGGCUCAGACUGUGUCCCUGAGACAUGCAGGGAAGGGGCGAGGGUAUAUCUCACUGGGAUCCAGGCCUCUGCAUUUGUCCUUGUGGAACCUCAUCAGAUUUCUUUUGGCCCGAUCCUCUAAUUUGUCAGCCUCUCUAGCCUCACACACCCUUGUCUCUGUGACCUCUCCCUGUACUCUUUCUAUCCUGCCAUCUCCAUGACCCUGGCGGUUGCUUCCAGUCUCAGCUCUGCACCAUCUGGACUGUCAAACUAUAGGGAGCAUUGAAUGAGCAAGGUAGAGAAGCCAAUCUCAUCACUGCCCCAGGGAUUGUGCAGCCUGUUUGCCACUGUCCUCUAUGAUAGAGGAGGACUCGGUCAGACAGUGUCACUGAGUCAUGGGGGUGGGGGGAACAGCCCCCUGGGGAUGAAAAAAUGGGCUUUUCUAGCCGCAGUCAUCCUAGUACCUAUGACCUGGAAGACUCCUGUCUUCCCAAUCAUCUGGCUUCUUAGCUCUAUGACCCCUGGAACCCCCACCUCCUCCCUCCCUGCAGCACCAGGUUGAAGAAAUCCUGGGGGUGCAGAAGGAGAAAAGGGGCCCUGCGGGGAAGAUGUGGCGGUUGGGGGGCAGAAUUAAUGUGGGGCUGGGGACAGGCAGAUGUGGGGUGGCAGGGACAAAGAAUUAGUUAAUUGGGAUUUGGUGUUUUGAUAAGAAGCUGGAAGCUCCGCACCAGCCAAGAGCCUGUAGAAAUGAGUGACUAGCGUAGACACUUCCUACAUCGAUAGAAGGGUUUUUUCAUCAAUACAGUAAAUCCAUCUUUAGGGGAAGCAGUAACUAGGGCAACGAAGAAUUCUUCCGUUGACCUAUCUGUGUCUACGUCAGGGGUUAGAUCGAUCUUCCUACAUCACACGGGGUGUGAAAGUUUUCACAACUCUGAGCACUGUGGCUAGGCUGACCGAAGUUUUAGGUGUAGACCAGGUCUCAGUAAGAAUAAUGGUAUAUCUACACUACAGUCGCUACUACAGCAGAGCUACAGUGCUACAGCUGGGUCACUGAAGUGCCAUAGUGUAGGUGCAUCCUGCACUGACGGAAGAGGUUUUUCCAUCGCUCUAGUUAAUCCCCCUUUCUGAGAGGCCGUAGCCAGGUCACCGGCAGAAUUCCAUUGUCUGCACCGGGGUUAGGUCGAUCUAGCUGUGGCACUCAGAGCACACGUUUCACAGCCCUGAAUAAUGUCACUAGGUUGAUCUAAGUAGAGUAGGCCUAAGAGGGGUUUCCCUGGAGCUAGCUGGAAACACAGGGGAUGAGGGAUUGGCUGGCAGCUUGGUGUAUGUGAGGCAGAAAGCCAAGAGAACCAGUCAUGAGUGUGAUCCCGGCAGGAGACUAUGGCCUGGUCUACAGUGGGGGGUGGGGGUCGAUCUAAGUUACACAACUUCAGCUACAUGAAUAAUGUAACUGAA